AUGAAAUUGAUACUGUUAUCUCUGUUAUUCGUGUUGAACAUCGCAACAGAACAUUUUGACGAUGAAUCUGAUUUAGUCUUCGACACCUUUGAGGAGGAUGAAGAUGACUUUGAAUUGGAAGAAGCAGAGGAAGAAGAGAACUUUGAUUUGGAUGAAUUUGGGGAAGAUAUGAUGGACGAUAAAUCACGACGUUCAUCUAGAAAAUCUGACAAACCCAAGCGGAAAGAGAGCAAGAAAACUGCAAAGAAAGAGAAAAAAAUUCAAAAGAAGAGUGUCCAACAUUAUAAAGAAGAGAAGAAAGUCAACAAAGAGAAAGCAAAAGCGAAACGAGCCGAAAAGAAAGCUGCCAAACAGGCAAAAAAAGCUGAGAAAGCGGAACGAAAGGCGAACAAAGAAAAGGCGAAAAACAAGAAGGCGGAACGAAAGGUAAAGAAAGAGGAGCGCAAGAACAAGAAAGAAGAAUAUAAAUUGAAGAUUGAGAAAAAGAAAGAGCAAAAGAAAUUGGCGAAACAAGAGCGGAAGUUACAGAAAGAAGAACAUAAAAAGACUAUUGAUGAGAAAAAAGCGGAAAAGAAACUUGCCAAAGAAACACGGAAAGAAAAGAAAGAAGAGCGGAAAGUGAAGAUUGACAAGAAGAAAGCUGAGAAAAAGAUUAAAAAAGAAGAACGAAAAGCGAAAAAGGAGGAACGAAAGAAAGUGAUAGAGAAAAAGAGAUCUGAGAAGAAGAUUAAAAAGGAGGAACGAAAAGCUAAGAAAGAAGAGAAGAAGAUAAAGAAAGAUUUAGCCAAACAGAAAGCAAAAGAAACUAAAGAGAAGAGAAAAUUAUUAAAAGAAGAGAAACGACUGGAGAAAGAAAAGAAGAAGGCAAGUAAAAAAUCCUUAAAGAAAUUGGAGAAGUUUGAAGCGAAGAUGAAAGUUCAGAAGUAUGUGAAGACCAUUACUAAAGGCAUGAAGAAGUUUGGAAAGAAAUUGGAGUCUGCCUUUGUGAAAGCUGCGAAGAAAGGAAAGAAGGCGUUGACUCAAUUGUUUGCGAAGAAGUUUAAGAAAGAUUUAAAGAAGAAUGGAUGGAUGGCUAAACUCGAUAAAAUUAAAUGUCCGGAAGAAAGAAGAAAGAUGUACGAGAAAUUGAAGAAAUAUUAUUGGAGUCUUGGAUGUAAAUGCAAAUGUUGCCAAUCUCUACCAGUCCCACACUGCGGGUGUUCUCACUCAAAUGGAUCAAGCAGUGGGAGUACUACUACUACAACUUCACAUGCAUCGGGAAGCAGUUCGACGUCUUCUUCUUCAACUCAGACAUCAACAAAUACACAAUCAUCUACAACUCAAAACACACAAAACUCAAGCAACGGUGGAAACCAAGAAACUCCUUCUUCUACUUCAUCAACAACUUCAAGCACAUCUUCAUCUAAUUCAGGAGCUACUCAAUCAUCACCAGCUAUCAGUUAUACUCCAAGUUUCACUCCAAGUUAUACCCCGAGUUAUACACCCACUAACACUUACACACCAACUAACACUAUAACUCCUACUAUCACUGCUUCACCUACUAACACCGUCAGCUCAGGUACGUUCACACCAACUAUUAAUAAUAAUAUCCAAAUGCCAGCUCCAUCUGUUCCUACACCUGUGACACCAUCACAACCAUCAAACAGUGGAAGUUCUUCAAACGCAGACGCAACUACUUCAGCUCUUGCCUCUAUGAUGAAUAUGAUGCAACAACAACAGCAGCAACAACAGAGCUUUAUGAUGAACGUUGUUCAACAACAGCAACAACAACAACAACAAAGUUCUCAACAGAGCCCAAUCAUCAUCCAACAAAUGCCAUCUGAGAAACCAAUAUCAUUGACAUCUCCAACAAUUAACAUGCCAGCAAUCAAUAUUGUCAAUAAAAACAAUAACAAUAACGUCUUUAAGGACGAUGAAAUUAAAGAGAAGGAAGAGUUGACUGGGAUCAACGAAGAAAAAAAGACAUCACAAACCCUCGCAGACGAAUCUGGUAAUCCAUUUGUUGAACCAUCAGAUAAUUACGCAACUGAAAAAACAGGAACAACAGAGGCUGCGAUUGUGACAGACAAGCAGAUCAACGAAAUUCAAAAGGAACAAAAUCGAUCAUAA